AUGUCCGCACAAGAAUAUGCAAACAAGUUAGAAGACAUAAUGGUGCAACAAGAAGAUGGAGGUGAAAAUGAAACCCAACAAGAACAAUCCAACCAACCACAACACAAAGGAACAAAUCAAAACGACAUCAACAAUCCCAAACCAAACACAUCGUCGGCAGCAAGAACUAUACACGGAAAGAUCAGAAAGGCGAAGGAAAGAAGAGUAGAAGAAAGCGAAAAUGAUGAGGAUGAGGAAGGAGACGGAAAUGGAGAAGGAGAUGAAGAUGAUAGGAACCAACAAGUGAAAAAGAAAGCAAGAGUUAGCGAUAUUGAACACUUGAUAAACAGCCCAGUAAACGGAGGAGCUCUCACCGGUCUAGGAAAGCCGGUUGAAGAUAUGAAUGAACCAGUCCAUGUCGAGCUAGGACAUAAAAAGUGGAUUCACAACAUACAAGCAGCAGCCUGCAGAUUCGACACGAACCAAUUAAAAUUCUUGAAAGAUCAAUAUAAGGAAUGCCGGAAACUUAAAGUCGGUAACUAA